UGUAGACUGCGAUCUUUAAAACCCAGACUUUCUUAGAUUUCUCCCGCCUGUCAAACUUCUUCAACUCCCAUCAACCUUCGAAUGUUUCGGCAGCACCAAGCAAACCUCUUCCUUACCCAGAAUACAAUUUGCCCAAGAUGGCACCAACAAUCAUGACGGAAAAUCCUCUUUACUCCGGUUUUGCGGCCACGAAGCAAGAACAACCCGAUCCUACCGGAAACAUCGAACACAAUCCUUUCGUCGUGGACUCGGACAAUAUGGCCGCCACCAUCAUCGUCUACGGCAUCCUCGCCUUGUGUUUCGGAUUUCUCAUCGGUCUCGUCCUCGUCGACAUGCGUCGCAAAUACCGCACUGGCGAUCUACAAGAAACGGUCCGCAACCUCGGCUAUCUGUGUCUGCUUCUGCUCAAGGCGCCCUUCAUGCUCUUCUCCCGCAAGAACAUGUCGGCCGUCUGGAUUUGGUUCACGGACCUGUUCCGCAGCGCGGAGAACAAGCGCGGGUCGAAGAAGGCGGCACCCAUCUCGCUUGAUCGGCAGUUUGACCAUAACGCUAUUAUUCUGCGCUUGGGGGCCAAGCCAGACGUGUCUGGGACGGAAACAGGAACGACUACCUCGGACUCCGACAACAAGGGAGUGCUUGUCACGGGUGGGGAAAGCAGUGGCGAUAUGGGUACUUCUACGAGUCCGCCGGACAUGGCUCCUUUGGUCAGGCAGAAUGUUACUAUGCCUCAUUAAGAUGGCCAUCAUCAGGGUUGGGAGGGUUCACGGAUACAGCGAGUGUAAAGGCCUGUGUAAACACUAUCGAAUUCACG